CCCCUCGCGAGCCGCCCUCCUCACACUGACGCUCACCCUCUCGCUCUGAUCACCAUCUCGCCUGCUGGCCUACCGAGGUCGCACGCUCACUCGCCUGCCUCGACGUUCCUAGCUGGCUUAGGGAUUGCAGGCGGCCAGCUCUGUAUUAACUUCAGUUUAGAGUCCCAGACCUUGUCUGGAUUAUUAUAUCCACCCAUCUCUCGCCAUGCCGACGUCCCCGCAGAGUCCUCCCAAGAGGCCGAGAUUGUCUCUCCAGAUCAGGGCUUUCGCAAGCGGCCCGAGUGGCCGGACCUCGAGGUGUCUGGCUGCUGCCGCCGACGUCAAGUCGCCGACGGCGUUUAAUACCCUCUCUAAUGUCUACGCGACUGCCGUCGACCGGUCAACGCCGGUCCAAGAGAACCCGCCAACCGCAAUCUUGGGCAAGCGGCCGGUGCUGCGUCUCCAGACACAAGAUGUACUCGCAAAGAACUCGGGCAACCACACUCCCUAUUUGGGUCCUUACCUCGACACCCCCAUCACGGCACAGCCGAUUUCCCCAGCCGUAGCCCAGCACAUCUGCUUCCCGAGCGCAGCUAUGACAGCGACUCCUCCGCUGUCAGCGCAACCGCCGGAGCAGAGCGCUCAGGUGUUUACUUUUGACGGAUCGACACCAGCGACCGCCCUGCCGCCGGGGACAACAGCGCCGGUGCCGGCGGCACAGAACCCAAAGAGGCGGACAACCAUGCCAGGGACCGCGAAGCUGCCCUACACCCACCAACGCAGCCUGCGCAGCAUCCUCCGCAACUCGCCUCUCCCGCCACUGAGUACCAAAUCCCCCGAAUCCCCGAGGCGGCAGUCCCUUCGCCUCCAGGAGAAAGCAGCUCGCCGCGUAGCCUACAACAGCCCCUUGACGCAAGAAAUCACGACGAGCAAGUACACCAAAUCGCACAUUGAUCUCCUGGCCGAGGACGCCACGCCCAUCUCGCCUUCAACCUCGUCCUCGGACGACGGCGAUUGCCUUCUCGACCAAGCCAUGGCCGACGCUAGCAGCUGCGACAACACGCGCGACGGCGGACAGACCCCGGGUCCGUUUGAAGAGAUGCGCCGUCGCAUGGCGAACAUGCACGCUUCGACCCCCUUGACGCUGUCGCCUACGGGAGGCGGCAUCCGCAAGCGGGGCGGCAAGCGGCGGGAGAAGAAGCGGCGGUGGGUGUGGACAAUUGGGCAGGACGAGGAUGCUGAGGACGAGAGCACGACAUCUGCGCCGGCGGCACCGGCAACAGCAAAGAAGGACCCGGCUCCAUCAGUCCCCGUCCUCGCUGUCCCAGCGCCCAGACCGCGAACACGGAAUCAGCAGGCGCAGGCGCAGCUAGCCAAGGCCAUCGCCGCAGCGACGGGGAUGCAGACCCCGGCGCAGAUCACGAUCCCGCUCCUCGCUGCGCCCAUUCCUCCCGCCCGCGCCACCGCAAGCAUGACCAGCGAUUCGACUCAACCUCUUACGGAACAACCCCUUCUUCCACAACCCGAGGCUGUGCCGCAGCCAGCCCCACAACAACCCCCAUCCCUCCGCCAACACCACCAUCAACACCAAGAACAACGACAGACCCGCGAACUCACCCCGAUCCCCUCCUCGCUACUCCCAACCCGCCACUCCACCCCCGACUCCACCGCCAGCGGCGCCAACAGCGUCCGCUACCUCACCCCCGAACCCCCAACAGCUGUGCCCAUGUCCAUGUCCAUGUCCAUGCAUCUCGGCAUGGGCAUGGAAGCCAUGAAUAUGAAUGCCGAGCCGCCCACGCCCAGCGUUGAGUCGACCACCAGCGUACAGAGCAGGGACUCGUCCGGGUUCGGGGACGUGGAGAUGUCGGAUGCGAGUAGCUUCACUUCUGCCGAGGAUGAUCGGGAGAGGGAGACGGAUGGGGUUGGGAACGGCAAUGGCAAUGGCAAUGGCAAUGGCAAUGGCAUGUGGUAUGGGGGGAAGUUGGUGGGGUAUGGCGGUCGUGACGGGGACGAGGAUGUAGAGAUGGAUGAGGGCACGCCGACUAUGACGGCCCGGCCGGUGGCUGAUGGAUUUGGAGGGAGGGGGUGGGUGCCUUGGCGGGAUGGGGAUGUGUCUUUGUCUUGACUUUAGGAAGGUAUGGAUGGGGACUUGUUUGGACAUUGCGUGGAGUUCCGAGAGAUACAAGAGGAAGAAGGCAUGAUACCUGGGUGUUAGGGUACUUUUGUGUUCCUUGUCAUGAAACAGGACUGCGAUGGACGAAAUGAUACGAUAGAGAGGUGGGUUGGGUAUGAUCUUAAAGGUGAUAUGACACAACGGAAUUCAAAAAGACAGCAUAACGAGCCGAACACUUCCGCGACUUGCUGUGACUGUCAUAUAUGAGAGUACUGCAUAUAUAUCUUAGUACGACAACUGCUCGAAACUCUC